AUGGUACAAAGGGCAAUGCUGGGUUAUCUUAUAAUUUGCAAAAUUAAUAGGCCCGAAUUGAUGGAAGUCCAUGAGCAGAGUAUUGGUAGAGAAACUGCUCUUUGCCCAUUCAUGGGGAUGGACUCUAGGGAUUGGUCUGGCCCAUGGUCCUACAAGACAACUCUCAAAUGUCAAAACCGUCUCUUCCUCACACAACCUACUCCACAAGAUGCCAAAGAUCCUGGUCAGAAAAUGGAACAAGUCGUGGAAGAAUCUUAUAACAUCACUUUAAAGCCAUCGCAUGGUACAAGGCAAAAAGUUAAACGCGUGAAGCGCAUUUUGGAUAGUUUAAUAUAUAGGAGGGAACUUUCCAAGUAA